AUGCUCAAAUAGAUUACCAUAAAAAAAGAACUUAAUAGACAAUGCUUAGAUGAGGUUAUAAAAAGCUAUGGUGAAAAUUAGUAUUUAUAUGUUAUAGGGAUUUUCUAUUAGCAAAGAGCAUCUACAGAAUUCAUUUUCAAUUAGAUUUUUGGGUAUGAUUUCAGCUAAGAAAUCGAUUAAUAAGAGAAGGCAGUGUUUGCGUAUAAGUCUGACAAAGAUCAAUAUUCCAACUUAAUCUUUUUAUUUAGUAAUUUCUAAUUCAUUGAUUAAGACUUUAAUUAUGUUGAAGAAUUUAUUUUUGAGUGCAGUGAUGUCUUGAUAAACUUAGAUUUUACUAUGCAAGAUAGUUAUCAAAGCUUGGAAAGCUACAUUAGCAAAAACUUGAAAGAAAGAGAAAAUCCUUAUGUUAAAAAAGAAAUAAACUAUAUUUAUCCUUUAGACUAAGAUAUUAAGGAAUUAGACAAAAAAGAUAAUAUAGAUGAGCAAGAAAAUCAGCUUAUUUAUUAAGUUAAUAGAAAUAAGGGUAAUGUAAUUUAAAGAUGUUUAAAACAGCAAGAGUCUAAAGACAUUUAAGAGUCAUUAGUCUUAAAGAUACAAGAGUUAGAGAAAUAUUAAAUGAUACCUAUUCCAAUUCAAAAAAUAAAUACUUUAUUUUCUAUCAUAUGGGAUAAUCUCCUUUUAAAUUAGAAUAAAAAUAGUCUAUUUUAGCUUAAAUAAAUUAUUGUUGGAAGUCAUUACGAAGAACAAUGGGAUAUGUUAGUUAAAGAAAUGUAGCAAUGGUCUAAACAAUUGCAUAUUUAAUGUAUGGAAGGAAUGAUACAUGAUUUUAAUAUUUAAAAGGAAGAAUAUAGGAAAAUUUCAGAAAAAUGGAAGGUAUCAAGUGUGUUUUUGAAAGGGUUUCUUCAAGUUUUAGAUGAAAAUUAUGUUAAGGAGUAAAUAAACUAAGAGAUUUAAAAAUAGAUUUUUAAGCUAUUUAAUUUCUAAUUGAACUACAUAAAAAGUAAUCUUAAUGAAAUAUUUUAAAAGAAACUCACAGAAAUAUAAAAUCAAGAAAAACAGUAGCUAUUAUAAAAGUAGAUUUAAUAAUCAAACCAGAAACCUUAGUAAAAACCAGAAACCCAAUAAACAGAAUAAUAGCCAAAUUAAAACUAAUAAAUUGAUUUAAGCUAAUCACAAUCAUCACCUUAGUUUAAAUUUUAACAAUCAUAGUAGUAAAGGGAAUCUUUAUCUAAUUCAAAUCCUAAUUAAAGUAUUAACAUUUCCAAAUUUGCUUCAUAAAAAGUUUCUUCAGAUUUAAACUUUUCUUAGAUUGAGUUCUCAAAUAAUGAGAAUAAUGAAAUAUAAUAGAAAAUAAAUGAUAUUUCAUUUAGUUAAGACUUGAUUGGACUAUAAAGACAGAACUCAAACAAAAGCUCAGUAGAUUUACAUAACUAAACAUUUGGAUUAUUAGAUGUUAGUAUAGUAGAGGAACCAAUAGGAUAAAUAAAGUAAAUAAAAGAAAAGUCUUCAGAGCAAGACAGUGAAGAUGAGUUAGAUUAAAAACUGAUAUUAAAAAGAGUAGGAAGUGAAACAUAUUAAAGUAAUGAUUAAACAGAAGCUAAUAAGCUUGAGAGUUCAACAGAAGUAAACUAAAAUAACUCUAAUUAAAGUAAUGAAAAUAUAAAAAGUGAGGCUUUGAAUUCUCCAGCUUAAAUUAAAGCUUUUAAUACAGGUAUUCAAAAUUAAAGCUAGACAUAACUUUUGUUUUCAAAAUAGAAAAACUUCAAAGGAAGUGGCCAAUAUUUUCAAAUAGAAAAAAGUUAAAAAAUACCUAACAAAUUAGCAUAUUCUUAAUCUCCAAAUAUCAAACAAAAAUCAAUAGAAAGAGGAAGAAAUUCAAUUAGACAGAACUAAUCAUCAAGCUCUGAAAUUUAAGAAUAUAAAUUAUUUGAAAUAUUAGAGAAAACUAAAAAUUAAGUGAAGAUCGAAAUUAAAACAAAAAUGUUUGAUACAUUAGAUUAAAAAUCAAAAGAAGAGCUAGGCUAAAUAACUGAAUACGAGCAGAUAGAAAUAUAGAUUAUAGAACUUAUUACAACAGUAUUAGAAAAGAGGGCAUCAUUGGAAGUAUAAGACUUUGUUAAACAGAAAAUUAUUACAAGAUUAAAGACUGAUAUUUCUGAUUUAUUUACAAACAAAGACCAAGACUUUUGGGUGAAAUUCAAAGGUAUUAAAAACAAAAUUAUUGAUGAUUAGGAAAAGAAAAUUUAUGAAUAUUUAAAAGAUAAUUUUAAGUUACCAAAAAAUAAUUCUAAUGAGUUGAUAAAAAAAUCUAAAGAAGUUUGCUUAAAAGAAGUUAAGAAACUAAUGAAAGCUAAAAUAGAAGAAAUUACAUCUGAUUUUGUUGAGGAGCUCCAAGCUAAUGAUAAAAAAAUAUAAGAUAAAUAAAGUAUAAAUUUUAUUUAUGAUAAAUAUGAAGAUUUCGUUAUUGCCUUUAAAGAUGGCCUAGAAAACGAUAAUGAUUCUAAAGAAGAAGAUUUAAUAAAUCAAUGUAAUAAAAUCUUAAUAGAAUUAUAAGCUAUGAAAGAAAACUACAAAAAUAUUGUUAAAUUUAAAUACAACACUUUAAGAUUAUAACUUCAGAAAUUGAUGUUUAAAAAAGAAAAACUGAUUACUUCAAUUUAAGCUUUUACGAAAAUAAAUCAAUUGACUUUAACUUUAUUAAUAGUGUUCUCUAUACUUUCUGUGUUUGAGAAUGUACCUUUAGCUAGCUCAGUAGGGAUAAUUUUGAUUUCUCAUAUACUUUACACGAUAUACAAGCUAAAAUGA